GUUGUUAUCACAGCCCCAAACUCUCACGGCCGCCAUGAUUCUUGUUUGCUUUCAGUGAGAAACAGCGGAUACAAAGUGGAGCAGAAACAAAGGAAACGCGCAGUCGGCUUCGUGAACUGGUAUGGUCUUACAGUAUUACAGGGAUGCCCAAGGAAAAAUAUGAUCCGCCAGAUCCAAGGCGGAUGUACACUAUAAUGUCAAGUGAGGAGGCAGCUAGUGGGAAGAAGUCAUACUGGGCCGAACUGGAGAUCAGUGGCAAAGUGAGGAGCCUGAGCACAGCAUUGUGGUCUCUUACCCAUCUGACUGCUUUGCACAUCAGCGACAACUCGCUCUCGCGUAUCCCUCCGGACAUUGCCAAACUACAAAACCUGGUGUACUUGGACCUCUCCUCCAAUAAGAUCAGGAGCUUGCCCGCCGAGCUAGGCAACAUGGUAUCUCUCAGGGAACUGCUUUUAAAUAACAACCAGUUGCGAGUCCUGCCUUUUGAGCUUGGAAAAUUGUUUCAGUUACAAACCUUGGGGUUAAAAGGAAACCCACUUGCACAAGACAUCAUGAACCUCUACCUGGAACCCGAUGGGACACGCCGGCUCCUGAACUACCUGCUGGACAAUCUUGCAGGCACCAAACGCGUCUCCUCAGAACAGACCCCUCCUCGCUCGUGGGUACAUCUUAAGGAACCGGACAGGACACGACCGACAGCCUUGUUCUCUGUGAUGUGCUACAACGUACUGUGUGAUAAGUACGCCACACGUCAGCUCUAUGGUUACUGCCCUUCCUGGGCCCUCAACUGGGAGUACAGGAAAAAGUCCAUCAUGCAGGAGAUCCUCAGUUGCAGUGCAGAUAUCAUCAGCCUACAGGAAGUGGAGACGGAGCAGUACUACAACUUUUUCCUGGUGGAGCUCAAGGAGCACGGGUACGAGGGUUUCUUCAGCCCCAAGUCUCGUGCCAGGACCAUGUCGGAGUCUGACCGCAAACACGUAGACGGUUGUGCCAUCUUCUAUAAGACCGACAAGUUCAGCCUUGUGCAGAAACACACAGUGGAGUUUAAUCAGCUGGCCAUGGCUAACUCCGAGGGCUCAGAGGUCAUGUUGAACAGGGUGAUGACCAAGGACAACAUUGGUGUCGCUGUGCUCCUGGAGCUACGCAAAGAGAUGAUUGAGCAAUCUGCAGGGAAGCACUUGCCUAGUAUGGAGAAGCAGCUACUGUUGAUGGCUAACGCUCACAUGCACUGGGACCCGGAGUACUCGGACGUAAAGCUCGUCCAGACCAUGAUGUUCCUGUCAGAAGUGAAGAACAUUGUGGACAAGGCCACGCGCAGCCUCAAGCUCUCUUCUGUGUCUGGGGAGACCAACGCCAUCCCUCUUGUCUUGUGUGCUGACCUCAACUCACUGCCUGAUUCAGGUGUGGUGGAGUACCUGAGCACAGGCGGUGUGGACGGCACCCAUAAAGACUUCAAGGAGCUGCGCUACAUCGACUGCCUGACCAACUUUAACUGUAACGGCAAGAACGGCACAUCCAGCAGCAGGAUCACACACGGCUUCAAGCUAAAGAGUGCCUACGAGAACGGCCUGAUGCCUUAUACCAACUACACCUUCGACUUCAAGGGUGUGAUUGACUACAUCUUUUACUCUCAGCCUCUGCUGAACGUGCUGGGAGUGCUCGGCCCACUGGACCCCCAUUGGCUCCACGAGAACAAUGUCACUGGCUGCCCGCACCCCAGCAUCCCCUCCGACCACUUCUCCCUGUUUGCACAACUUGAGCUGCUCCUGCCCUUCUCGUCUUUGGUCAACGGUCUCCACGUGCCUGGCUGCAGGUAGUUCUCAGAGCUCCUUCGGCGGCUCCCGGCCCUGCCUCGCACCUGACCCUCUGCAGGGAGAGAGCUAGAGGUGAUGGAAAGAGGCAAAAGCCUGUUGUGUACAAAUCUCAGUCCAGUAAAGGAGGAGUUGGGGUAUGGCUAAACUUUUAUUACUGAUGGAUUUUAACUGACGCAGACGUUUGUCAGUCUUAUCUGUACCACCCCCCCUCUUUUUUUUUAUUUUUUAUUUGGUUCUCUAUUUCUGGGCACAAGUUAAAUAUCUACUUUUUCACACUGUAUCCCAAACCCAUAUGGUUCUGAUUAUACCUUGUAUAUUUUACCUGAAGACGAUGAUCAAUGCUUAUAUAUAAAUAUAUAUCUAUAUAAAUAUGGCAAUACCUUUUCCAGAUACAGGCAGGGAGUCCAGACCAAGCAGGUUCAUCAGAUUUUCUAUUUUGGUCCAUGCCAAUUUUUUUGUCUGAGGCCAGUUCUGAGUGAGCAGCUAAAUUUAAUAGGAAUCGUUGAUCACACCACACCAGCUUUAGUGCAACGAUCAUUUAGUCCAUUCUACCAUAAAUGCCCUUUUUUUCUUUUUUUUUUAUAUAAAGCUAAAGGGCUUUUUAAAUGUGUGCAGAGAACGAGAGCAAGUCAUUCUCUCGCUUCUGCAUCCACCACGGUGCUGAGGCAUCUCCUAGUGCAGCAGUGUGAACUGUGUAUUUAAUUCCUCAGCCUCAGAGACUCCACAGGCCACCAGACUGCGUCCAUCUUGGUGCAUUCAGUUUAAUAUCGAGCUGCGCGAAGUCAGCCAUGCCCACUGUUUUUUUUUUUUAAAUCCUAUUUAAAGUGAGGAAUUUCGAAGCCCUAGGCCUUGACGUGUACAUCAGCAUCCGAGAGAUUAGCAGGAGAAAGGAGACACGCUGUGUUUUGGCAUGUAUGAGAUGAAUUUAGGAUGCAGUCAUUAACGAAGCAGCUUAGACUACCAACACUCACUCUGAGUAGUGCGUUGCUUCACCUAAAAACUGACCGUGUUUUUUUUUCCUCUUCUCCCCCCCCCCCCCCCCACAUGAUUGUAUUGGAACCACAAAGUCCUAACCUUUUAUUAUACAUACAACAGUUUCAAACACACAAGAUAAAGAUGAAUGUAUUGUAUAAAAAAAAUUCAACAUUUUUUUUGUGUUCUGUAUUGAGCAAGAAACCAAUUUCCAUCUUUUUUUUUUGCUGUGUACAUUUGCACUUGUCUAGGUUUGUUUCUUGUCUUUUAAACACCCCCCCUCUCUCCAUUUAUUUAUUUUUUUUCCCCGAGCUUCGAUGCAGCAUUGUGCCUCACUGCUUCCUUCCUGCAAGCGCACUGCCACUUCUCUCCUGGACCGUCUUGAGCAUUUCCAGUACUAUUUUUUUUUCUCCCCGUAAAUUAUAGCUGUUGUCUUUCACCGAUUGGCUCUUUGCAUGCUCUCCCAUCUCGACCGUUUCCUCAAAUUUAUUGUGCAAAGUCUGUAGACUUAAUCCCCUAUUCACAAUGUACUGCCACUUCCUCCUGCUCAACUCAGGCAAAUUUUCUAAUUUUUUUCACCCCCAGCUCUUGUGUCCAGUUCGAUCUUGAACUUCUUUCACUACUGUUGGACCACGGCUGUCUGCUCUCUCGUGUUGUGCCAUCUUAUGCGUUUUGCUGCAAAGCCAAGUGUAAAGCUCUUCUUCAGCUACUACUGUAAAACGAAUAGGGCAGCGACGCCGUCCACGCCGCGUCUCUCUCGGACAGAGCUACGUGUACGUAGCGUCGUCCAGUCUUGUUGGCGGUUUCUAUUAGCCUUCGACCCAUGAUUAGAGAGUCACUGACGUGCUCACAAGGCCAAUCUUUCUUUUGUUUGGGGAUAAAUGUUUGUUCUUUCUUUAGUUUGUUGUUUUAAAAACAGAAUGGAUUGACAAGCACUUAUUGUGUAUCACUAGUGCAGCUAUCCCCCCCCCCCUUUUUUACGAUAAAAUACUUUUGCCCAUGAGGCAGAAGUCAGUUUUAAUGACUUUUACUGAGCAGUGAAUAAGGCAUUACAAGACGGACCACCCGUCUCACUGCCAGUGUCUGUUUUAAUUUCUUCUCUCUGUCUUUUUCACCCCUCCUUCUUUGGGUUGUCUUUUUAAUCAAAAGCAACUUGUCUGGAUAUUAUGUUGGAUUUGUUGGUGUUGUAGCUAAAGAGUUUUUCUUUUUCUUUUUUUUUUUUUGUAAAGUGUGAAUAAAUUAUGUAUCACGUUUCCUUUCUUCGACAUGAAUUGUGUUGUAUGUAUCAUGAUAUUAAUUUUUUAUUUUUAUGAUUAUUUUUUUUUUGGUCGUUCUUUAUUUUUCCAUUUUGCUCAUGUUUUGCUUUUUUUUUGUAAUACUCAAAACCAAAUUUUUGUAAAGAUGUUGGCACACUGAAUUCUAGAUUUGUAUGGUUGCUAACUUUCACAUCAAGAUACUUUUAAAGAAAAAAAAAUACUUCAGUGAAAUCUAGAGAGAAGUAACACAGAAAUAAAGAGCUGUCAUUUGUCACCAAACGUGAUUUUCUUUAAAGCUUUAUGUGGCAUUUUACUUGGUCUGGAGCGCACAUAUUCGAUUAAUUUUGGGGAAGAGAAGAUGCAGCACUUCCCUUGUUUUUUGUAAUUUUUCCUGUUUUCUUUGUCGUUGGUAGUUUCACAAGUUCUCAUCAGAGGAACCGUGUAAAGCGUUAGCAUGUAUGAGGCAGUGCAGACAUGUAUGGCCUCCUGUAUUGAGACACACACACACACACACGAGCGGACACACACUCCUGGUUUUCCCUCCUUGUGCUUGUACUUUUCUUCAGCUCGUGAAAAGCCAGUCACUUCUGAUACAUCUGCAUGAAAGUUGCCAUCAUUGCUGUUUGAGGAUCUUUUUUUUUUCUCCCCCACUUCGUGAACAAUCUGACUCCGCAUCACGCUAUCAAGUCUCCUUACACAAACCCUGGCAAUAAAAUUUCCUAGUGCAUUUUUUUUCUCCCCAAACACUUUCAGAUCACCUUGUCAGAAAUGUCUGGCUUUAUCGUCCUUUUUUUUGUUUUUACUGUUCUGUCUUUUCCCUCCUUUCUUCCUUGCUCUCGUCAGUAGGGUUAGUCAUGCAAUGGUAAGGAUCGUUAUUAAGCUGGAAGUCAAUAAGUAUUUAGGAAAUGUCACUAUGAUGCACUGGACCAACUCUUGUUUACCAUUUAUGGAAUACCAGCAAAACACUUGCACAAUGUUUUAAAAAGAAUGUUAAAUAUAUAAAUAUAUAUGAAGAAAUAUAGAUAUGAAAAAAAAAAUUAAAAUAAUGGCAGCUGUUUUUAUUCUAAUAUUAGGAAGUGUUUAAAAAAAAACAAACAACCCUAAUGGUAAACAAGGUGUUUUGGGUUUUUUUUUUAGUUUUAUUUUUUUUUUUCCCUCUUCCCGUUCUCUUGUUUUUCCUCUUCUGAGUAGUGGUGUGUUUAUAACAGGGUCAGUUUGUUUCCUCUACACCUCUGUAUAUUUUCCUACCCAUGGUCAAAUAAAUUCUACAUCUGUUUCAAA